AUGGAGGAGUCGCGCAAAGGGAAAGCUUUAAAGUCUGCAUUUGACAGCAGCACCUUUGAGGCAGAUGUGUCGAUUCAUGUUGACCGCAAGGUGGGGUCGGCUACCAUCUCGCCCUCAGGGCGAGAUGUUGCUCUUGCUUCUACCGAUGGACUCGACAUAAUCGACCUCGAUUCCCCGCUGAACCCUCCUCGCCAUCUUAGGCAUGGCCUACCUUGGCUCGUGGCAGACGUACAAUGGUCGCCAUUUGCAGCGCGAGACUACUGGGUCGUUAGCACGGCAAACCAGAAGGCGUUGGUCUGGAACUUGAAUAUGCAGGAGGAUAGGUCUAGAGGGGCAAUCGAACACACACUCCAUGGACAUACGAGGGCUAUCACGGAUAUCAAUUUCUCGGCGCAUCACACGGACAUGCUUGCAACAUGUGCCGUAGAUGGGUAUGUCCACUGUUGGGACCUUCGUAGGCCAAGGCAACCUGUCCUCUCAUUUUGUGAUUGGUUUGCAGGCGCGACCCAAGUCAAAUACAACCGUCAGGAUCCCCAUAUUCUUGCUUCCUCGCAUGAUCGUUGGCUAAGGAUAUGGGACGACCGUAAAGGGGCUGCACCCCUGAGGUCUAUCAAUGCGCAUGAGUCAAAAAUCUAUGGCAUCGAUUGGAAUCGAACCAAGACCACAAGCGUUGUCACCUGCUCCCUAGACAAGAGCAUCAAAUUUUGGGACUAUGGCAACGACUUGGAUGAACCGGAGCGCAUUAUCCGGACCAAUUUCCCUGUUUGGCGAGCUCGCCAUACUCCUUUUGGAUAUGGACUUCUGGCUAUGCCACAGGACACUCCCGGGAAUCUGCAUCUUUAUGAGGGUCAAGCGCAUGAGGACUCUAAUAAAGACAGCACCGUCUCAUCUAUUGUUACAUUCGCAGGACAUGGCGAAAACAAGGUAAAAGACUUCUUGUGGAGAAGUCGAGGCGGUGUUACGGGUGACGGAAUCGACAAUCGAGAGUUCCAGUUGGUCUCCUGGGGCGAAGACAACCGGUUACGCUUACAGCACGUUGAUCCGGAAAUAUUGGAGAAGGCUGGCUAUGUGAAGGGCAGCAAAGUUCGCAAGAACCUGAAUGUCACACGAAAAGGGGCAGUCUAUAAAACGUUCCGCACUUUAGAGAAUGUCGCGAGUGACAAAAAGCAUGUUCCACUCGCAGGCCCUAGGCCUGGGAGCUCCGGUUUGAAAGUCAGUGCGUUGAGUUCAGCCAUGAAAAAAAUGACUUUGCCUCGGAAUACACGGGCACACGGGAUGGUUAGGGCUCCAGUAGUAACAGGGAAGGAGAGGUGUGUCAAGCCGGAUGAUCAGAACCAAAAACAGAUCGGUUGGAUGAGUGGCAUUAAGUUCAAUAAGCAGGAAACUGGCAACGGCCGACAACGGCGGGCGUCUUCACGGAAAUUCUCCCUUCUGAACCCUGAGUUUGAAGAAGACAGAGCAUGGAAUUCCCCGGAAAGUCUGCAUGAUGAAAUUAUCCGUAUCCAUGACCAACUUCCCAAGAUUACUUUCGACGACGUCAAUAUGGACCAACGUACUGCCGUUGUAUCCAUGAAUGGGCCGUGGGGGGAAGAAGGCAAUGCUAUCUAUAUCAAAGUCACGAUAACAUUCCCAGACCAGUAUCCAGAGACGAAGCCACCAAUGUUCAACUUAGGCAAAACUUCACUCAUGUCUGACGAGGUCCAUCACAAAUUAAAGCGAGAAGUCCAACAAAUAGCAACAGGGUUCGUUACACGUCGGCAAGGAUGCCUCGAGGCUGUUCUCUGCUAUCUCUUGGGCGAGGUUGAUUUAGAGGCAAGCACAACAUUUUUCAAGGACGUCAGGGAUAUCGACGACGAUCUUGAUGCUCUUGCCGACGAAAGCUCGAGUGACGACGAAGACGCUGAUAUACCGGCCGGUGCUUCGGCUAUGAUGUCUCAGGAACUGGAUUCUAGCGCCACAGGAGAUAUGUUUACGCCUAUAAAUCGUAACGCCAAUGUCCCACUACCACGGUUCUGUGGAGCUCGAUUUUCGGCGGAUGGAAGGCUUGUGUGUUUCUUUCCUCCAAAGGCAGACAAGGUUAAGUCACUUCUGGAGACCCUUGUGGCGAAGAACAACGCUCGUUCGAGAGGAGAACCAAGUUUUGAGACCUUUGGUCGUUUGAAUAGUAAUACCUCUCCCAUUCCCCGAAUUAAAACGUUUUCCCUUGCCUCGGAAGCUCGAACCGACUCGGAGGUAUCUGAUGAGUCUGACAUAUCAUCCUCAAGCGAUUCUGAUUCGUCAAAUUUCCGAGUUGCUCGAUUUCCCAUGUCCGAUUACUUUCGCAGGUCUGGACACAGGGCCUGGGGGAGGGCAUCUCCCACCGUUCUCUCUCAGAAAUCCAGUGCAGCCGGCACGGGAACCGGGACUGGCGCAACAGGAGUGGGCGGUAGGAAUCGAUCCUCCAAACCCAAGAAUAUCAUAUCCCUCCACAAUAUCUCGGACCUUCUCCCUUCAAAGCUUGUUCUUGCAGAAGAGUAUGCUAUCUUUGGGGAAGGACCCAAUAUAUGCGAACACAAUGCUAUUGUUGCUGAGAAACAUGGCUUUCGUGACCUUGCAGACAUAUGGAGAUAUGCUGCGAUGCUGUUGCAUAAUGAGGUUCCAUUGGAAGUUCUCGACCAAUCUCAUCGUCGUGAGCCGAUACUUGUUAUCGCAAAAGAUUCUGUGAAGCGGCGUCGGAGACAGAGCGGUUCUGACAGUGGCGUUGACGUAUCCUAUGAUGCUCACGGCCGGCGGAAUAGUCUGUCUGGUCGGGUGAAAUGGGGUCAUAGUCCACUCGCAAAGCAGUUUAUCAGUGACUUGUUUGAAUAUUUCGAACAGCUUGCGGAUGUUCAAAUGCUGGCUAUGCUAUCGUGCGUUUUCAACGAGCCAGAGUCGAUCAAUGCUGUUUCACAUGCAGAGUCGCAUAUGACCCAGCCUCAAACUCCUAUCUCCAUGAAAACGCCGGCAUUUUCACUUGACUACUUCCCCACCGAUGCCGCUGCGUGGAGCAAGUACCUGAGAACCCCCAUUAACUCAGUGGUAUCGACGCCCAAAAUAGCACAAACUCCAUCUGGUCUUUAUGGUUCUGUAGGUUCUUCGAACGGUGCAUGGGGAAGUGAUCCAGCUUCUGCAUCAUACUCAUGUGGAGAAACGCCGCCUCUUCGAUCAAACCGUGGCAGUCAGGAGCGUCUAGCUCAGCAUACUCAAAGUUUAUCCACGUCCCCAGACAACCCACGUAGCCUCCGCCGCGCUCAUUCCGCUCUUGCGUCAACAUUCUCUGCAAACUUCCCUCGAUCCUUCUCUAUUACUGCCUCUUCAUCACCGCCAAAUCCACCAUCAUCGAGUCGGAAGCGCCCAAGCCCGGUUGAGAACAUGCUUAGUUCUGCGAUCACGUGGGGCAACACCACGGUGCUUGGUAGUGUGAAAGAGCAGUACGCAACAGACAGACCUUCCUCCUCUGAUGAUGAGGAGCCAACGACCGAUUGGAGACCAACAAUCUGCAGUGGCAUUAGUUUGACGAUGGAAAAUCAGAAUGCCUUCGAUGACGAGGGUUGCAUGAGUACCAGCCUUUUGGAUUCAAGUCAUACCUCUCGCUAUGCCGGCUAUCGUAGGGCUUAUGCAGAACUCUUAUUUCUCUGGCGUCAUCCGCUCGCAAGUCUCGAAGUCCUAAAGUUUAAUGGGCUUAAAGACUUCUUCUCCGAAGCUGAUAUUCCCGAUAACAGGUCGUUCGCUUCGCUCCUUUCGAACAAUACCCAUACUUCGAAUCAUGAACCUCCAUCGCCAAUGUUCAUUGGCAAGAAAGACCACAGUCACUUUCUCCCACCUACCACAGACCAAGGACUUGACGUAACUGGAUACUGUCUCAAACAUGACAUUCGCCUCGAACCGCUAGCCUCUAAUGUUGGCGGUGGCGCGGUCGGUCGCUGCGAGCGCUGCAAAACCACCCAGCGCCAGCUCCGCUGCACGAUUUGCAUGGAACCUAUUAGCGCCUUGUUCACACCCUGUUUAUCCUGCGGCUGCGCAACUCAUCAGCACUGUUUGCUUGAAUAUCACUCAUUCGGCAAUACAGAAUGUCCUGGUGGCUGUGACUGUGAUUGCGGGGCCAAAGCUAGCUUGGGUUUUGUGGAGAGCUGGGAGGUGUUGACAAGUGCCAUUGAGCGGUUGAGACUAUUGGACAAAAGGACUUUGUCAACUUUAAACAAGGGCAAAGAGCCAUUAGAUGAGUGGGACGGCGAGGGGAAAACCGACUGGGAUAAUCUAAAUAUCCCAGCGGGGCCACUAGGGGCGGGCUAUUCGACAUUUAGCAAAAGGCUCGGUCAGGUUAGGACUGGAGACUGGGGCAUGACGAGUGGAAAGAAGAAGGCAAGUAGCCUAAGGAAGGAAAGGAUAUUUUAA